AUGAGUCGAAAGGGUGGACUAACUGAAGACGAUAUCUUUGCUGAAAUUUUAAAUUCAGAUUUGGAAGAUUUUAGUAGUGAUGAUGAGUGUGUGGAUGCAACUUGGGAAUUACCAGUUGUAACAAAUGAUUUGGCAGACCAGGAAAGCGACAAUGAAGAAGAGUUCAAUGCUCUAUCAGAGACACCACCAGAGUCAAGUCAAACUGCCAAUCGUCGUGAUAUUUGGAAAAAAAGACCGUUUGAGAAUCAGUUGGAAAGCAGCUCUUAUGCAACUGCGGACACAAACACACCUAUAGAGACCCCUUAUCAUUAUUUUUCCGUGUAUUUCAAUGAUGAGUUUUUAGAAAAAGUAACGGAGUACACAAACAGGUACCAUGUGGCCGAGAAGGGCAAAGCACUGGGAGCAUCAGUAGCUGAAAUGAAAAAUUUUUUUGGAAUCAUCAUUGCGAUGGGCUGCAUUCGCUAUCCAAGGCUUCGCAUGUACUGGGAGAAAACCACAAGACUCCCUAUUGUAGCUGAUACCAUGAGUCGUGAUCGAUUCUUUCUCUUGCGCAUGUGUCUACAUGUGGUGGACAACAAUGAAGUAACAGAUGCAGAGAAACAAUCAAACGUGUUUUGGAAAAUAAAUCCGUUACUUGAACGUGUUAGAUCUGCUUGUAGAAAUAUUCCAAGAAAAUGUAAUGCUAAUUACUCAAUAGACGAACAAAUGAUACCAUUUACUGGUCGGUGCCCUGUUAGACAAAGCCUUCCAAAUAAACCUAGAGGAGUGGGAUUGAAAAACGAAGUUUUAACAACCUCUGAGGGGCUGGUCCUUGAUUUUGAGAUUUAUCAGGGCAAGACUACACCACUUCCAUGCUCAAAUUUAGGAUUAGGACCAGGCUUUGUUUUGCGUUUGGCUGAAACACUUCCUGAAGGAUCCAAACUGUUUUUUGACCGUUAUUUCACGACAAUACCACUACUACAAGCACUGUUGAAACGUGGAAUUUAUGCUACUGGAACAAUAAUGAGGAAUAGAAUAAAAAACGUACAUUUCACGAAUGAGAAACACAUGAAAAGGGGUGAUAUGGAGGAAUUUUGUCAUAGUGAAGACAAUAUUGUCGUGGUGCAGUGGAAGGAUUCAAAGUCGGUAAUUCUUGCAUCUUCAGCUUACGGGUGUGGCCCAGUUGAACACGUGAAACGCUGGGAAAAAAAAGAGAAAAGGUAUGUGGAAGUUCCAGCUCCUAGAAUCGUCAGGGAAUACAACAAGUGUAUGGGCGGCGUUGAUGUUUGCGAUCAAUUAAUGGAAUCGUACAGGUCAUUUUUUAAAACACGAAAAUGGACUUUAAAAGUGUUUAUACAUUUUAUUGAUCUUGUGUGCUGCAACGCCUGGAUGCAAUACAGAGAUCACUGUAAAAUAAAUUCUCAACUUCGAAAAAAUACCCAUGAUUUAUUAAGUUUUAAAAUAGCAUUAGCUAAACAGCUAGUAGCUAUAGAUACAAAAAAAAAUAAUGAAUAUGAAUCUGAAGAUGAAGAUGAAGAACCCCAAAAUGUUGCCAAAAAAUAUCGUCCAUCCGAACAACCAUGUCAAGACAAAAGACUUGAUGGAUAUAAACACUGGCCUCUUGAGCAUGAUUUGUCAUCAGCAAGAUGCUGCCGACUUGCCGGAUUCGAAGACAUCAAAACUUUCGAUCAUACCAACCUCUUUGAAAACAUCAAGAUACAUAAAUGUAUCAUUUUGGGAUCUCAUCACCAAAAUUCAUACGGAGUUAGAUCGACCCCCGAGACAUAUGAGAAAAUUCCUUCAUUGGCAACUUUGGACAGCACUGAAAAACCACACCAGUUGAAGGUUACCGAACUCAUCGCAUUUCCUUAUCAAGACACCAAACAAACACGGCAAUUGAGAUCCAGAUAG